UUAAUUUGUAUGAUUUAUGUAUCACUAGAAGAACAAGUCGCCGAAGAAUUCUGUUACUUCUUAAGCAGUAUUCAUGAAGUCAGUAGAAACGAGUGCUUUUGCAGUUGUGCAGUGACCAUUACAGUGCUUUUAACUCCUUUUAAUGUUCUAAAGGUUCAUGUAUAGUGUUUAAGAAUGGAAUUCUGUGGAUCUGUGUGGUUGCUAACAUUACUUGCAAGUUUUAGUAGUGCUCGAUGGCUCCCAGGACCUACAGAAACUGUGAGAGAAGAUUGUUCUACUGCAUGGGAGUGCUGUAGCUUGGAGUUUUUAUCAGAACAGUUCAAUAGUUGCUGUUAUGAUCAUGGAUGCUGUCCUCUCUGUGAUAAAUUUUGGCCCAAUGGAUGUUUCUACAAUAAUAAGAACUAUGACUUUGGUACUGUUAUAGAAUACAGUCCAAAAGAAUGUAAAAAGCUAGUGUGUGUUGCAGAGGUAUCGACCUUACCACCAUACGUAAAAGGAAUUAUAAUGCAGACUAGUUAUAAUUCAGGGAUUACUGGGGCCACCUGCAUGACUACAGUGAACACAAUUUGUGUAGAUGAUUUUGGCAUACUUAGAGCUGAGAAUGAAGAAUGGUUUGUAAGCUCUACAUGUCAGCAGUGUUGGUGUAAAAAUGGUGUCAUAAAUUGUCAGCGUACAAAGCGGCCAUGUCCUUUACCACCCCACCCAAACUGUAUAGCUAUACCUUAUGGCUGCUGUCCUAAGUGGGAUUGUGGUGGUGAGCAAACAAGUGGUUGUCCAGACCCAAAUUCAUAUGGCAGAGAAUGCAUCCAGUACUUUGACCAAUGCCAGUCUGACAGAGAUUGUGGUACAGAAGAGCACUGCUGUUUAGUUGCUGGUUGUGGAAAAGAAUGUAUUAGUGGUUGUCCAGACCCAAAUUCAUAUGGCAGAGUAUGCAUCCACUACUUUGACCAGUGCCAGUCUGACGGGGAUUGUGGUACAGGAGAGCACUGCUGUUUAGUUGCUGGUUGUGGAAAAGAAUGUAUGAGUUUCAGCCAUUGUGUAGAUAACUAUGGUAUUACUCGUAUGACUGAAGAAACUUGGUGUUACCCUGGAAACCCAGAGAAUAAGUACAUUUGUCUGUAUGGAGACAUUCAUCCUGUUGAAGGUUCUUGCAUUUCUGUGGUUGACCCUUACACAGAGUCUCCAUUACCUUCUGAUUGUAUAAUAAGAUAUGGGUUGAAUUAUUCGGCUGUUUCGGAUCAAUUUAAAACCCUCAUGAAGAUAAAAGCAAAACUUCCCCUUAAAGGUGUCAGCUUCUUUGUGGAGGGAUUUAAAUCCCUUGUUACCGGGAACGUUACUGCCAAUAUAUCUUUGGGAAGUCAGGAUAUUGCAGAUAUAACUUCUCAAGCACAAACAUUCAAGUGGGAUUCUGUUGUUCCUCUACUGAGUACAGAUACAUCAAAGUUACAGAUUUCUGCCUUGAAUGCUGGGGAACUGAGACUACAGAUAAGUAAUGUAACAUCAAACAUAUUAUUUGAUAAGAAAAUAUUAAUAGAAGAUCGAUCCCCGUCCAACUUUCAUCAAGUAGCCUUCAGAAGGACAGAUCCAAUAUCAAUAGAGAUGGCUCAGUUAGGUGUUGCAGUUGGUGAGGCUACUUCAAAAUUCAUAUCCAGUUUGAAUCUCCCUGGCUCGGCUGCUGCUGCUUUGACGUUACUGGGAGAUUCUGUUGGUUGUGAAGGGAGGUUUGGUAACUUCUUGAGACCAGAAUUAGAACCUCCUUGUAAUGCUGCUCAUCCCUACAGAACAUUAGAUGGCACAUGUAAUAACCUUGACAACAAUCUCUGGGGAGCAGGUUUUACAAAGUUUAGACGUAUUUUGCCACCUGAUUAUGCUGAUGGAGUUUCGUCUUUACGCAGAGCAAAAAAUGGCGGCCCACUUCCUAGUGCUCGUCUGGUUAGUACAAAAGUUAACAACAAACCAAAUGAGGAAUCUGCUGUACAUUCCUUUAUUCUUGUGACUUUUGGACAAUUUCUUGAUCAUGACCUAACUGCUACUCCCCUUUCCAGAGGUUACCUUGGAGGCCCUAUAAAAUGCUGCGAUGAUCUAAGUGUGAAGUUGGAUUUGGCUGCUAUUAGUCUUAAUGCUACCAAGUUAGCUUUGGAGGAAGUUAAAUCAAUAGAGCAGUCAAUUAAAACUAUGAAUGUCCAGAGUGAGCUAGCAGUUGCCUCAAAGACCUUGGAAAAUUUGAUGGUCCAAUGGGAGAGGUUAAUGGAGAACACCCAGGAAGUCUUUAACUUGACAAAUUUACAACAAUCUCUUCCAUUUAAUAGUGAUGACUUAAAAAUCUUGAAUGUUAUAAGACCAGUAAGCCGUGAAUGUGCUCCUAUUCCAAUUCCAUAUGAUGAUGAAUUUUACUCGUGUUAUGGACAAACUUGUAUGGAAUUUGUUCGCUCUUCACCUGCAGCAUCGUGCACAUUUGGUCCUAGAGAGCAGCUAAAUCAGAUUAGUGCUUAUUUAGAUGGCUCUGUCAUUUAUGGUUCAAGGAAGGAAAUUACAAACUCGCUUAGACAGUUGGUAAAUGGACUCUUAAAGGUGCAGGUUACGUUGGAAGGCAAAAUCUUGUUGCCUGGCGAGGAAAAUCCUAAUGAUGGAUGUAAUGUUCAUGAUCAGUUUUCUAAUGGAUUUUUCUGCUUUAGAGCUGGUGAUGGGCGUGUUAAUGAACAAAUACUUCUGGUAUUUAUGCAAACUGUUUGGGCCCGUGAACACAAUAGAAUAGCGACAGUAUUAAAGCAGUUCCACGGAGACUGGGAUGAUGAGAGAUUAUUCCAAGAAACACGAAGGAUUGUUGUUGCUGAACUGCAGCAUGUUACAUACAACGAAUUUCUUCCAGCAGUUUUAGGAAAUGUGUUAAUGGAAACCUUACAGUUGAAACCUCAAAGUAGUGAUCAAUACACAUCGGAUUAUGAUGAGACGCUGGAUGCUUCAAUAGCUAAUUCUUUUGCAACUGCUGCAUAUAGAUAUGGACAUAGCCAGAUCUCUGAUUUUAUACAAAGAAUUAACAGUGAUGGUGUGGUAGACACUGAACAUACAUCAUCAUUAUUCUUCAACCCAUUCACCAUGUAUGAAGAAGAAGCUGUUGAAGAACUUGGUAGAGGCAGUGCAUCCUACAGAGCUCGGAAGGUUGAUUCUUACUUCACUGAAGAGGUAGCUGGCAAGCUGUUCAAGGGUUCUGGUAAAUUUGGUUUAGAUUUGGUAGCACUCAACAUUCAAAGGGGAAGAGACCAUGGUUUACCUGGUUAUAUUCACUGGAAGGCACUUUGUGGUGAAGAAGUAUCCCAAUUCAGUGAUCUAUCAUCAGUUAUGAAUGAAGACGUUAUUGAUGCUCUUCAAGAAGUUUACAGUGACCUGGAAGAUGUUGAUUUGUACAUAGGAGGAGUUUCAGAGCAACCUUUCCUUGAUGGCAUCCUGGGACCCACAUUUAGCUGCAUAAUUGCUGAUCAAUUUUUAAGAAUGAAAAAAGGAGAUAGAUUUUGGUAUGAAUAUAAAGGCAGCCCUGGUGCUUUCACUGCAGCACAACUGAAGGAGCUGCACAAAGUUACUUUGGCUAGAAUUCUGUGCAACAACAUCCCAGAGUUGAUAACCAUACAACCCAACGCUUUCAAGAUUCCAAGCUCGACUAAUCCUCGGGUAAGCUGUCACUCUGGUUUGAUUGGAGACUACAGCUUAAGCCCUUGGCAAACGUAUUAAUUUUAGUGUACAGAAAUAUAAAUACAUUGGCCUAUUUUAUAGUGUAAAGAAAUAAAUAGUAUGGAAUAUAAAAA